AGUCGUACGAACUGUUUCAACGAUUUCUGAGGAAGACCGAGAGUUUUGUUAAAUUUUAAUAGAAAUAUUUGUUGCAUUACAAGGCACUUCUACAAGAGGCAAACAUGCAGAUCUUUGUUAAGACAUUGACUGGUAAAACAAUAACCCUUGAGGUUGAGGCAUCAGAUACCAUUGAAAAUGUCAAAGCAAAAAUUCAAGAUAAGGAAGGAAUCCCACCAGACCAGCAAAGAUUAAUCUUCGCUGGUAAACAACUUGAAGAUGGGCGCACACUUUCAGAUUACAACAUUCAGAAGGAAUCAACACUUCACCUUGUACUCCGACUGAGAGGUGGUAUGCAAAUCUUUGUUAAGACUCUCACAGGAAAAACGAUCACCUUGGAAGUUGAAGCAUCCGACACUAUUGAGAAUGUAAAGGCAAAAAUUCAAGAUAAGGAAGGAAUCCCACCAGAUCAGCAGAGAUUGAUCUUCGCUGGUAAACAACUUGAGGAUGGGCGCACACUUUCAGAUUAUAAUAUUCAGAAGGAAUCAACACUUCAUCUUGUACUCCGACUGAGAGGUGGUAUGCAAAUCUUUGUUAAGACUCUCACAGGAAAAACCAUCACUUUGGAAGUUGAAGCCUCUGACACUAUUGAGAAUGUAAAGGCAAAAAUUCAAGAUAAGGAAGGAAUCCCACCAGACCAGCAAAGAUUGAUCUUCGCUGGUAAACAACUUGAGGAUGGACGCACACUUUCAGAUUAUAAUAUUCAGAAGGAAUCUACUCUCCACCUUGUACUUCGACUGAGAGGUGGUAUGCAAAUCUUCGUUAAGACUCUUACAGGAAAAACCAUCACUUUGGAAGUUGAAGCUUCAGAUACUAUUGAAAAUGUCAAAGCUAAAAUUCAAGAUAAGGAAGGAAUCCCACCCGAUCAGCAGAGAUUGAUUUUCGCUGGUAAACAACUCGAGGACGGACGUACACUUUCUGAUUACAACAUCCAGAAGGAAUCUACUCUUCACCUUGUACUCCGAUUGAGGGGUGGUAUGCAAAUUUUCGUCAAGACUCUUACAGGAAAAACCAUCACUUUGGAAGUUGAAGCUUCAGAUACUAUUGAAAAUGUCAAAGCUAAAAUUCAAGAUAAGGAAGGAAUCCCACCCGAUCAGCAGAGAUUGAUUUUCGCUGGUAAACAACUCGAGGACGGACGUACACUUUCUGAUUACAACAUCCAGAAGGAAUCUACUCUUCACCUUGUACUCCGAUUGAGGGGUGGUAUGCAAAUUUUCGUUAAGACUCUUACAGGAAAAACUAUCACUUUGGAAGUUGAAGCUUCAGAUACUAUUGAAAAUGUCAAAGCUAAAAUUCAAGAUAAGGAAGGAAUCCCACCAGAUCAGCAGAGAUUGAUUUUCGCUGGUAAACAACUCGAGGACGGGCGUAUACUUUCUGAUUACAACAUUCAAAAGGAAUCUACACUUCACCUUGUACUUCGACUGAGAGGUGGUAUGCAAAUCUUCGUCAAGACUCUUACAGGAAAAACCAUCACUUUGGAAGUCGAAGCCUCUGACACUAUUGAAAAUGUCAAAGCCAAAAUUCAAGAUAAGGAAGGAAUCCCCCCAGAUCAGCAGAGAUUGAUCUUCGCUGGUAAACAACUUGAGGAUGGGCGCACACUUUCAGAUUACAACAUUCAGAAGGAAUCAACACUUCACCUUGUACUUCGACUGAGAGGUGGUAUGCAAAUCUUCGUCAAGACUCUUACAGGAAAAACCAUUACUUUGGAAGUUGAAGCAUCGGACACUAUUGAGAAUGUAAAAGCAAAAAUUCAGGACAAAGAAGGAAUUCCGCCAGAUCAGCAGAGAUUGAUCUUUGCUGGAAAGCAACUUGAAGAUGGGCGCACACUUUCUGAUUAUAACAUUCAGAAAGAAUCAACUCUUCAUUUAGUUCUUCGACUUAGAGGUGGACGUUUAUAAUUCCUGCAUUUUGAUCUCGUUUUAAUGCAUAAAAUUAUAUAGCAUAUGUAGAAAUAAAUAAUUUUUUUACUUUUAUUCAGAAUAGUGACUGAUAAUGUGAUAUUCAUGUUAAUGAUAUACAUUGAUGAAUAAAGGAUGCAUUAAUAAAG